AUGCGGCUCGAAUCGUCUCUGAUCAACCCAGAAGCCCACCCCUCGAACAUCCGACUCGCUGACGAAGAAUUCCCCGAAUACAUCAACAAGCUGCAUCUGCCCAGUCUGUCUCGGCAACAUAGCAACCCCAGGGCUGAGGAACCGCCGACAGAAGACAAGUACCCUCUCUCUCAAAUCGCCCAUGUGCUGCCGAAAAUCGUCAUUCCCCACCACGGCAUCAUUGUGCUCAACGAAGAGCUCUUGUAA